CCGCCAUGGAGCUCCGGGCCCACGGCUGGUGGCUGCUGUGCGCGGCCGCCGCGCUCGCCGCCUGCGCCCGCGGGGACGCUGCCAGCAAGAGCCGGAGCUGCAGCGAGGUCCGCCAGAUCUACGGCGCCAAGGGCUUCAGCCUGAGCGACGUGCCCCAGGCGGAGAUCUCGGGCGAGCACCUGCGCAUCUGCCCCCAGGGCUACACCUGCUGCACCAGUGAGAUGGAGGAGAACCUGGCCAACCGCAGCCACGCUGAGCUGGAGAGUGCGCUCCGAGACAGCGGCCGCGCUUUGCAGGUCAUGCUGGCCACCCAGCUGCGGGGUGUGGAUGACUACUUCCAGCAGCUGCUGAACAACUCAGAGCGGGCGCUGCAGGACACCUUCCCUGGAGCCUUUGGGGAGCUGUACACACAGAAUGCCCGGGCCUUCCGGGACCUGUACACUGAGCUGCGCCUCUACUACCGUGGUGCCAACCUGCACCUGGAGGAGACGCUGGCAGAGUUCUGGGCUCGUCUGCUUGAGCGCCUCUUCCGGCAGUUGCACCCCCAGCUGCUGCUGCCAGACGACUACUUGGACUGCCUGGGCAAGCAGGCCGAGGCACUGCGGCCCUUCGGGGACACCCCACGGGAGCUACGCCUGCGGGCCACCCGGGCUUUUGUGGCUGCUCGAGCCUUCGUGCAGGGCCUGGGUGUGGCUGGUGAUGUGGUCCGGAAAGUGGCCCAGGUGCCCCUGGGUGCAGAGUGUUCAAGGGCUGUCAUGAAGCUGGUGUAUUGUGCCCACUGCCUGGGGGUGCCUGGCGCCCGACCCUGCCCCGAUUACUGCCGGAAUGUGCUCAAGGGCUGCCUUGCCAACCAGGCUGACCUGGACGCCGAGUGGAGAAACCUCCUGGACUCCAUGGUGCUCAUCACUGACAAGUUCUGGGGCCCGUCGGGUGCGGAGAGUGUCAUCAGCAGUGUACACAUGUGGCUGGCGGAGGCCAUCAACGCACUUCAGGACAGCAGGGACUCACUCACAGCUAAGGUCAUCCAGGGCUGUGGGAACCCCAGAGUCAACCCCCAGAGCCCAGGCCCAGAGGAGAAGCCACACCGGGGCAAGCUGGUGCUGCAGGAGAAGCCCCCCACAGGUGCCCUGGAGACACUGGUCUCUGAGGCCAAGACCCAGCUCCGCAACGUUCAAGACUUCUGGAUCAGCUUGCCCGGAACACUGUGCAGUGAGAAGAUGGCCAUGAGUCCUGCCAGUGAUGACCGCUGCUGGAACGGGAUGGCCAAGGGCCGGUACUUGCCCGAGGUAAUGGGUGAUGGCCUGGCCAACCAGAUCAACAACCCCGAGGUGGAGGUGGAUAUCACCAAGCCGGACAUGACCAUCCGGCAGCAGAUCAUGCAGCUGAAGAUCAUGACCAACCGGCUGCGCGGCGCCUACGGCGGCAGUGACGUGGACUUCCAGGAUGCCAGUGAUGAUGGCAGCGGCUCAGGCAGCGGCGGUGGCUGCCAGGAUGACAUCUGUGGCCACAAGGUUGGCAAGAAGAGCUCCGGCGCACAGACACCCCUGACCCAGGCCCUGCCCGGCCUCUCAGAGCAUGAGGGACAGAAGACAUCGGCUGCCAGCUGCCCUCAUGCCCACACUUUGCUCCCGCUCCUCCUCCUUGCUCUGGUCCUCGCAGCAGCUGGGCCCCGGUGGCGGUAAUUGCCGCACAGCCCCAGGCACUGAGGCCAAGGACAGACUGCCAAAACCCAAACAGAUGACCUUUGAUCCCCCGUGGCCUGCAGGGGCUCAGGGCAAGACUGGCUCACAGCUCCAUGUGUUGGCAGGAUGUAUGGGGCCGUAGCCCCCCAGGCCUGGCCUCACCUGCCACCCUGGCUUUUAAUUUUGUAAUGAGGUCCUCAGGUCAACUGUGAGCCAGUAUCCCCAAAAGCCAUGUAUUUCAGGGACCUCAGGGGUGCCUCUGGAUGCCCCCCACCACUCCUCCCACCACAGAGCCAGCCCCACCGAGGCCCAUGAGGAGGUGGCCCUUCGAGUGUCCCAACAGAGACCUCGCAUGAGCCUGUGCCUUCCUCCUGCUCCUCCCAGCUUCUGGCCUCAGAAAAGGAAGCCCAGCCCUCGCCUCCAGGAGCCCGCAAGCACCCUUGGGGUCCUGCCUGGGGCCUCUGGGCUUAUGCAUGCUGCCUUCUAUUCAGCAGGGGCUCUGCAGCCGGGCUGGUCCUCCUGUGCCACUGUGGAACCCAGUGAAGGGGUCCCCAGGUGGUAUGCAGGGGGGUAGUGUGGCCCGGCCACUUGGGCUUUUGCCACACUUUGGUUUGGGUCAGGGCACAAGCCCCAACACCCAGGGAGCAGUGUGGUGCUCUGCAUUUGGGGGCCUGCACAGGCAGGCUUCCAGAGUCUGCACCAGGGACCCCACUUCUGGGGAGCAGCCAGCCCCUCUCCUGUCCCACAUAGGGUGACACAGACAAGGCUGUCACCUGGCCACAGGAGUGGGGCUGGCCAGUGAAACCUCAGCUCAUGGCUGGCAGCACGGGGGGGACACUUGGGCUCUCCCAACCCUGGCCAUGCAGGGGUGAGGACUGUGACAGUCAAGGGCUUUUCAGACAUGCGCACAUGCACUCCCCCCCCCAAGGGCCACACUCGGCCUGCCCGCGCAGUUGGCAAGGCCUGGGCCCCACCAGUGCCUGGUGCACCCGGCUGACCGAGGCCAUCAUGGCCCUCACCUGCUCAGCCCAAGCCGAAGGCCCAGGGGAGGGGAGGGGGUCACUAGGGCCUGGAGACUGCUGCACUGCUGUGGCCUGGAGCAGCAGCAGCCCCCCUCAAGAGGCCCUGAAGCUGCUGAGCGCUUUGCUUUGCUCAUCAAGUGGAGAAGGCCUUCCUGUGGGAGCAUCCAUGCUAGGGGGGGGGGGCCAGCGCUUUGGCCACUUGUGGGUCCCCUGGCACAAGGCAGGUGUUGCUUAGAUGUGGGGGUGGGAACCACAGGUCAGAGCCUCACGCAGUCCGCUGUGUCCUUCCUCCAUGACAGCCCUGGCCACCAGUGCCGGCGGGAGAUGUGUUGAAUCUUUGUGUCAAUAAACAGCUGGAGACUACAGCAAGACCA